AUGAAAUCAUCUCUAGUAACAGAGAAUGGACGCAGAACCAAAACAAACCCUGAUUAAAACUCUAUCAUCAGUUAUUCAUCCGCUAAAUCGUAUCUCUCUAGUGUAUUUUUUUUUAUUAUUUACAAAAGGAACGUAAAACUUAAGUUAAAGCUACUUGCAAAGUCUUAUGGGAAAUGAGAGAAGAUCAAUCAAGUAAAUUAGCUGUCAAGUUUACAUAAUUACAAAUUGUUUUAGCUACUUAAUCAAUCAUUCAAGUUAUAUCUAAAUUCAAGUCUUCUAAAUUGUAGACAUAUUUCUGGAUUCUUUUAUAAGAUUGCAAACCUAUACAAUAAACUUCCUAUAAUCAUUCAAUUCAAUCUAUUUCAUUACCCUAAGUCGUAGAAGACUUCUCAUAUUUGACUAUUCAACCUAAAUACAAAACCAAAUAACGUCACCAUUCCUUAAUUAUCUUCACUUAGAUAAUUACUUAAGUUCUCAAUUAAAAUAGGUAAAACUAAUAACGCAAUUUAUUUUUAAUCAUGAAAUAAUAUCAUUAAUUACAUUAAGGAACUUUACUACUUUUUAAAUUCAUUAGAAAACAUCAUCAUUAAUAAUAAUGUAACUCAUUUCUUGCUAUUAUGCAAUAUAAUUAGAAUUCAUUAAAAUUAAAUUCAUUAGAUUGUAGCAAUCAAGAUAUCAAUUAUAAUAUUAAUUCAAUGUAAUUAUUACAAAAAUAACAAGAAGGUAACAAUAUUGAAGUGAUAUCAAUUAAUGAAUAAUUGGCAAUCAAAUUUGCUAGUACAACAAUGAUGACAUCGCUUUUAAAUGAUAUACAUAGAAAAAUUAAUUUUUAUUUCUUUUUAAAAAUCUUGAGAUACUAAUAAAAUAAUUUUUAAUUGAUUAAAGAUUUAAAUAUAACUUAAGAGAUUGAAGUAAGUCAAGUAAUUUAUGAUUAAUCUUCUUUAUAAGAAAAUUAAUAAAUAAUUGCUGCUUAAAAUUUACAUUCAUUCCUUUUUAUCAAAUUAUAAAAUUAUUUUUAGGCAAUAAAAAUUUUUCAUUUGAAAAAUGAUUUUUUGAUAGGGGAAACAAUGAACACAAUGAUUAUAAAAGGAAAUGAUGAUUUAUCAAAUUCUUUUGAAGAUUUAAAUGGUUAGAAAAUCUUAGAUACAAAUUAGAAAAUAAGAUAAGAUGAAGAUGAUGAGAUGAUAAAAAAUGAAAGAGAGAAUUAAAAGAUAUCAUCAUUAUAAAAUAUAACAGAUACUGAAGAAUAUACAAAAUCUACAAAGGAAGUGAUUGAAGAGAUAUUACCUUAAUAGAAGAGUAUAGGAAAGAGAAAGAUAAAGGAUGGAAAUAAUAAAAUAAAGAAUGCAAUAAAAUAAUAUUGUAAAUUGUAAUAAUAAAGAGUACAAAGUCAAGAAAGUAUAAUAAAAUAAGAGAAUGUUGAUUUGAUUUCGAAUUAAGAGAUGAAGAAAUAAUGGAAUCAUAAUAAAUUGUAUACUCCAUAUAUAAUGAUAUUUGUAAUGACAAUAUUAUUAGCUAUGUUUUUGAAAUGA